AUGGACUUCACGACUAUCCUAAAUCGGAAGAACUCUGCCGCCGCUGCCGCCGCCGCCGCAGAAGCACAAUUACACCAACAAUAUCUUCAGGGUGCGCACAUGAACCAACAUACACAAUCUAUGAAGCCUGAACCAGGCGCCUCCGACAAUCCCGUCAACGCAUACCCUCCUCACGGCGUUCCAAUGGAUCAGGGGCUCGCGGAAACAUUUUAUUACGCCCAACCUCAAGGUUCCACGCCGCGGAAUAUGGGUUAUGUCCCCGGUGGAUAUGCUGGAGAUCCUCAGGUGCAGCAAGCACCGAUUCCUUUGGAGAGAACCGGGGCUGAGGCUCCACCGAAGACCUUCCAUUGUUCAACAUGCAACAAGGGGUUUGCUCGACGCAGCGAUCUCGCACGACACGAGCGCAUCCACACCGGAGUCAGGCCACAUGCCUGCGAUUGGCCUGGAUGUGGAAAGCAGUUCAUUCAACGCUCAGCAUUAACGGUCCACUCCCGGGUUCACACCGGAGAGAAGCCCCAUAUGUGCGAGCGAUGUGGCAAGCCAUUCAGUGACUCCUCCUCACUUGCCAGGCAUCGUCGCAUCCACUCCGGGAAACGACCCUACAAAUGCCCGUACGCGAACUGUCAGAAGACAUUCACCCGACGCACGACUUUGACCCGCCACCAAAAUCAUCAUACUGGGACGAUCGAGGAAGCCGCCGCGGAGACCGAGGCCAACCUGCGUCAGAACAAGGAACGUCGUGGCCCUGGCGAGGGAAUGUUCCCGGAUCAUCACUCAAUGGGCUCCACUCCGUCCCCCGGCCAGCAUCCAUCCAUGUCGCCUGGGGGUGAUCUGCCACCCUUGAACAUGCACCGCUCUGCCAGUGAUUAUUACAUGGGUAGUGCUCCGAUCCCAGCUCAUGUGCGAGGAGACUUUUCUCAGGCGAGUCCCCGUGCUUCUCCGACAGCGACAUCACCUUCACUUUCGAGCUACGGUAGCGCACCUCACGCCCGGCCUCCUAUGACCUCGCAUCCGUACGCUCCUCCUCAACCGCUGGAACCGCCAGCCAACAAUGACCAUCGGCCGAAUAGUGUCAAUGGAAGUCCCCAUAUGACCAGUUUGGGUUGGGCCUCUCCAUCCCAUGGCAGUAUGCCUUCACCUGGUUCAACCAACGACUUUGGUUACCCCGAACCCAGUGCACCCGCAUACCCGACCUCCAUGCCUCCACACAUGUACUUCCCAAACUCUACCAUCCGCCGACCCAAUAGCACCGAGCCAGAUAACUAUGAAAACAAGGCUCGGUUAGGGGACCACACCUGGUCUACACCGGUAUAG